AUGCCUUUCGCUUUCCUCGCCCUCUCAAUUUCCAUCCUCCUCCUCUUCUUAACGGCAAUAAUACACCGCCUCUACCUGCAUCCCCUCUCCCACAUCCCCGGCCCGCGCCUCGCAGCCCUGACCUACUACUACCAAGCCUACUACGACAUCUACCCUCACCGCGGGCAAUUCCUCUUUCACACCGCCGCGCUGCACGCCCGCUACGGCCCCAUCAUCCGCAUCGGCCCCAACGAAAUCCACAUCAACGACAUCGCCUUCUACCCCGAUGUGUAUCCCACCGGACCGCAGCGGCGGCGUGACAAGAGCGCCGAGUGGUUUUGGUUUGCGGGGUUGGAUGAGUUUACGGGGCGGAGUGCGUUUGCUACGCUCGAGCAUGGGCUGCAUCGUGUAAGGCGCGGCGCGUUUGCGGGCUUCUUUAGUCGCGGGAAGGUGUUGGAGUUGCAGCCGAGGAUUCGAGCUAAGGUUGAGGUGCUGAGGGAGAGUCUGUUGAGGAGGGAGGGGACGGGCGAGGUGGUGGAUUUGAGGGAUGCGUGUGGGGCGCUGACGUUGGAGGUCAUCACCGAGUAUUGUUUCGGCGCUCCCAUCUCCGUGCUCGACUCCGAUGACUAUGCCAAGGUGUACAACGAGAUGCUGCGCAGCAGCACGCAGAUUCAUCCUAUCGGUCGUGCUUUUCCCAUGGUCACGCGAGCGCUUUUGCGUCUGGCGGAGUCGUUCAUGGAGGGGAACGAGGGGUUUGACGUGAACAAGCAAAAGCAGAAAGAAGUCGACCGAUUGACCAAGGCGGCGUAUGAUGAUGCCCGGCGAACGGACAAGCCAGACGAGGAGAAGUGGACGACCGCAAUCCACGAGAUAGUCGCGGACGAGGCGCUCCCGCCGGAGGAAAAGACGCUGAAGCGCAUCAUGAACGACGCGUAUGUUUUCGUUGGCGCCGGCAUGGAAACGACCGGCCGCACGUUGGCCGUGACGUUGUAUCAUAUUCUCGCCAACCCGGAGAUCCACAAGCGGUUGAUGGAGGAGCUGCGGGGUGUUAUCCCGUCCUCCUCGGCCCCGAUGCCAGAUGUCUCCGCGCUAGAGAAGCUGCCCUUCCUCACGGCCGUCUUGACAGAGGGUAUCCGCAUGUCGCAUGGAACAGCUGGGCGUCUUGCGCGCGUAGCGCCGGGCGAGGAUCUCAACUACCACGGCAUCAACAUUCCCCGCGGCACGACGAUGAGCCAGUCCAGCUACCUCAUCCACACCAAUCCGGUCAUCUUCCCUGCUCCGCUCGAGUUCCACCCUGAGCGUUUCAUGGGCGAUGGAGCGGCGGAGGCGCACAAAAGCUUGGUAGCAUUUGGCCGGGGGACGAGAAUGUGCGUCGGGAUGAACCUGGCGUGGGCCGAGCUGUAUCUGACCAUUGCGAUGUUGUUGACCUCCGUGGAGAUGGAGUUGUGGGAGACGACGGAGAGAGAUGCGACGGUGGCGAUGGAGUUCUUCCUCGGGACCCUGCCGUCUGAUUCGAAUGGUAUACGAGUCAAGAUUGUGGGGAGGUUGUAG